AACUUGGGUUUUCUCGUGAGCACACUGCCACUAGUCCUAGUUCCGCGUGCACUGUACCUUCUGCUCUCUCCAUCCCUUUUUGAACAGAUAAAAUGGCAUUGUACAAUAAGAAUUGAAAUGCCCCAUUUCCUUUGAUUUGAUCAUCAGAGCAGCGCGAACCCACAUCCAACCACCCCUCCUCGCCAUUUCCCACUCUCGUUCUUCAUGUUUCCUCCAAAGCUGAGUACCCAUUUCCGUGGAAGUGGGUUUCUGCUUGCUGUGCUUCUGAUUCCUCUCUGUUUCCCCAUUUCCAUGGCGGAGAAGGACGCUUGGAAGCCGAGUUCUGUGGGAAUGGCGGAGAGCUCCGACCCUUUGAAGCUCACGUUCCAUGGCCCCGCCAAGCACUGGACCGAUGCGGUUCCUAUUGGGAAUGGGCGGCUUGGAGCAAUGGUGUGGGGUGGUGUUGACGCCGAGAUUCUUCAGCUCAAUGAGGAUACACUUUGGACCGGGACUCCUGUGGACUACACCAAUCCAGAUGCUCCUGAGGCUUUAGCAGAGGUUAGAAAGCUUGUUGAUGAUGGUAAAUAUGCCGAAGCUACUGCUGCCGCGGUCAAGCUGUCAGGAAAGCCGUCUGAUGUUUAUCAACUUUUGGGCGACAUCAAGCUUGAGUUUGAUGAAUCCCAUCAGUCAUACGCUCCAGAGACUUAUCAUCGAGAAUUAGACUUGAAUACAGCCACAGCAAGAGUGACGUACUCCGUGGGCGAUGUAGAAUUUACAAGGGAACAUUUUGCUUCUAAUCCUGAUCAAGUAAUUGUAAUCAAGAUCUCUGCGAGCAAACCAGGGUCUUUGUCAUUUAUAGUGUCCAUGGAUAGCAAGUUACAUCACAGCUCGCAUAUAAUAGAUGGUCAAAGACAGAUCGUGCUGCAAGGAAGUUGUCGAGGUGUGAGGAUCCCUCCAAAAAUGGAUUUAGACGACAAUCCCAAGGGAAUCCAAUAUUCUGCAGUUCUUAGUUUAGAGGUUAGUGAUGGGAGUGGAGUGGUACAUGAUUUGGAUGAAAAGAAGUUAAAGGUUAAUGGCUCAGAUUGGGCAAUCUUGCGUCUGGUGGCUUCAUCUUCAUUUAAAGGGCCAUUUACAGAGCCUUCAUUAUCUGGUAAGGAUCCUUCUGCAGAGUCUUUUGCUGCAUUGAAGAAGAUCAAAAACUUGUUGUAUUCGGAUCUUUAUGCACGGCAUUUGAAUGACUAUCAGAGUCUUUUUCAUCGUGUUUCAUUACAUCUUUCAAAAAGCUCUAAGAAUGGAUCCUCUUCAACUAAUUUUGGAGGAAAGGAAGUUAGAGCAGUUUCUACUGCAGAGAGGGUAAAAUCUUUUAAGACUGAUGAAGACCCAUCAUUGGUAGAGCUGCUAUUCCAAUAUAGUCGGUAUCUACUUAUCUCUUGUUCACGGCCUGGAACUCAGGUGGCAAACCUUCAGGGUAUAUGGAACAAGAAUAUCGAACCGGCAUGGGAUGGUGCCCCACACUUGAACAUUAAUCUCCAAAUGAACUAUUGGCCAUCCCUUCCGUGCAACCUUAGGGAGUGCCAGGAGCCAUUGUUUGAUUUCACAUCCUUUUUGUCUAUCAAUGGACGUAAGACCGCAAAAGUGAACUAUGAAGCAAGUGGUUGGGUGGCUCAUCAAGUGUCCGACAUCUGGGCGAAAAGCUCUCCGGAUCGGGGACAGGCUGUUUGGGCUUUAUGGCCAAUGGGUGGAGCAUGGCUUUGUACCCAUCUGUGGGAGCAUUAUACUUACACCAUGGACAAACAAUUCUUGAAAAACAAGGCAUAUCCUCUGAUGGAAGGAUGCGCAUCGUUUCUGUUGGAUUGGCUAAUCGAAGGCAAGGACGGAUAUUUGGAAACAAAUCCAUCAACUUCCCCAGAACACAUGUUUAUAGCUCCUGAUAGUAAACCUGCUAGUGUGAGUUACUCAUCAACAAUGGAUAUGGCUAUCAUCAAAGAGGUUUUCUCAUCCAUCAUAUCUGCUGCAGAGAUUCUGGGAAAAAGCAAGGAUACUUUUAUCGAAAAGGUCCAGAAGGCUCAAGCUAGGCUGUUACCUUAUAAAAUAUCUAAAGAUGGUUCUCUUAUGGAAUGGGCUCUUGACUUUGAGGACCAAGAAGUGCAUCAUCGACAUGUAUCGCACCUGUUCGGGCUGUAUCCAGGGCAUACUGUAACUGUUGAGAAAACUCCCAACAUCUCGGUAGCUGCAGAUAAUACUCUUCAUAAGAGAGGAGAGGAAGGUCCGGGAUGGUCGACCGCAUGGAAAAUUGCUCUAUGGGCUCGUCUUCAGAACAGCGAGCAUGCGUACCGAAUGGUCAAGCAUUUGUUCGAUCUCGUGGACCCUGAUCAUGAAAGUGAUUAUGAAGGUGGUCUGUACAGCAACUUGUUCACUGCCCACCCUCCUUUCCAAAUAGAUGCCAACUUUGGAUUCUCAGCUGCCAUAGCCGAAAUGCUUGUUCAGAGCACCGUGAAUGAUCUGUACUUGCUUCCUGCUCUUCCCCGCGAUAUCUGGCCGUAUGGUUGUGUUAGAGGACUAAAGGCGCGGGGUGGGUUGACAGUAAACAUCUGCUGGACGGGAGGAGAUCUUGACGAAGUCGGUCUUUUGUCGUCGGAGCAAAUUUCCCUUGCAAGAUUACACUACGGAGGGACUACAGUGGCAGCAAAUUUAUCAUCUGGCAAAGUCUACACUUUCAAUAGGCUGUUGAAAUGCAUCAGAACGUACUCUCUCCCAAAUUGAUUCUCCUUCUCCACAGCCACCAAUGGCUUUUGAAAUCUUCAAGUGGUUCUUUGAUUCUUUCAGAACCUGAAAGGCGCCAUCUCCAAGACAACAAUUUCGUUUUGUUAUUUAUACAAUGAUUGUCCACCAAUUAUUUGUAAUAUUUUACUAUUUAAUAUUUAUAAUGAAAUGAAAAUCUUCUUCAUCAUGUAAUGGAUGUAUUAGUUAGUUAAACUAUAUAUAUGAGGGCAAGAUUUCGACCCUUCGACACGGAUCGAGGAUUUAUAGGAAAUCUAAGUCAAUUAAAAAAAUACGUCAAUUUGAGUCUAAUUCAUAAA